AUGCACCGAUCGAGGCCGAAGCGGAUGGAGCGAUGUCGGGACAUAGCGAUGUCGGGAUGGAGCGAUGUCGCGGGAUCCCGUUACGGCUUCUUCGGAUCGACGGCAGCCGUUCUCGUUCGGACGAUCGAGGAAUUCCCCUCCGUCUUCCAUUUGGGCGGGAUGCUGGUGAACUGGCUGAUGGGCGGGAACGAGAAGGAGGAGGGGAAGGUGGGGAAGGUGGGGGAGGUGGAGGGGAAGGCGGAGGGGAAGGUGAGGGAGGUGGCGAUGGCGACGGCGGCCCGGCUCCUCGCCGCGGGGGUCAUCCACCGGUUCCCCGAGGAGGAGGCGCAGGGCCCGGUGCCCUUUCGGUUGGACGAGCUGUACGGGUGGGCGUACAGGCUGGGAUUCGAGCAGCCGGCGAUGAGUCCGGGGCGGUUGUCGCUCGAUAUGGUGUGGCCGCACGAGAAGGAGAGGGAUGUGUCGAGUGCGUCUAGCGCUACGCUCGUCAAUGGGAAGGGUGAGGGGUCGGGGUUGCACAUAUUGGAUGCGGAGGGUGGAGAGAUUCUGCAGGCGGUGAAGGGGUGGUGGAGGUUGGAUCAGGGCAGCGAAGCGGAACCCGGUCAGAAGGUGCCUCUCACCGUCAAGAGUCUGCAGGAGGAGCUCAUGAGGCUCAAGAAGGAGAACGCGGCUCUCCAGGAGGAGAUGGAGAGGUGCAAGACCCUCUUGGGUCUGCAGGUGAGGCGGUUCGAACGUCGGUUCGAACGUUCCCUGUAG